AUGGUUGGCACGAUAAAGAAAAAUAAAAGGGAGUUUCCUCCGGAAUUUACUGAUGUAAAGUAUCAAGAGCGAAAGAAUGGUUCUAGUUUGUUUUUAUUUCACGAUGAAGUCAUUGCAGUAUCUUACAAAGCAAAGAAAAAACUUGUGACUUUAAUAUCAAUGAUGCAUUCUAACUCAGAAGUUAACCAGUCAACCGGAAAACCAGAAAUAGUUAUGACAUACAAUUCUACAAAAGGUGGAGUUGACUGUUUUGAUCAAUUGUGUAAUCAUAUGAACUGUGGCAGAAAAACCAAAAAAGAUGGCCAAUGGCUUUUUUCUAUAAUAUUAUAA